UUGAAUUCAUUUUCAGAGAUGUUGCCCCAGUGGAUGCUGUUCUUCGUCCUAAAGGAAUGGGCCUUGGUGCUGAUAGAAAGCAGGCUCAGACUUUAAAUAGUACUAAACAGGGAGGUAACUCAAAGAAAAAUGAGGAUUCAGGGGAGCUAACUAUGAAGAAAGGUGCUCAUUGUUUGAUACAAAAUGGACCACAUAAAGAUCUUUAUGCAGUUAUAGAAGGACUAGAUGAGGACAAUGCCAGGUUAAUGUUGAAGUUAACAGUGAGUGGUAAACUUGUUACUGUUAGUCAAUACAAUACAAAACUUGUUACCCAGGAAGAAUACAACAAAUACUCCAAAUAUAUCAACAAAGGUGCUGCAGAUAGGUAUAAAGAAAAAGAAGAAAUUAGAAAGGAAAAGAAACAUAGAGACUCGGAUAGAGAGAAUGAAUCACACAGAGAAAACAAACAUAGAAAAGAAGAAGACAGAUUAUCAGCAGAUGAUGAUGUAUAUAAAGGUCAGCAUGAUAGAAAGAAGGAUAAAAAUAGAGAUAAAGACAGAUCAAACAAGAAAAGAAAACAUGAUGAUCUCAGAUCACAUGAUAAAUAUACCUCAUCUUCUUCAUAUACAAAUGGAGGCAGUAAAUCUCAAUCUUCUAUCUGGGUUCGUCCAAAGUUGCGGGUACGACUUGUUGAUGAACAAUACAAGAAAGGAAAAUAUUAUAAUAACAAGGUGGUGAUAGUUGAUGUAUCAGACAGGGAUCAUUGUAUGUGUAAAACAGAUGAUGGGAAAAUUUUAGAAGAUGUAUCACAGUCUAUGUUAGAAACUAUGGUGCCAAAAUCUGAUUCCUCUUAUAUAUCUAUUGUGUCAGGAAAACACAAAGGACAGCUAGGACAUGUGUUAGAAAGGGACAAGAAAAAAUGUCAAGCUUUAGUACAGUUAUUGAGUGACCGGGACAAAGUUUUACAACUGGACUAUGAUUGUAUAUGUGAAUAUGUUGGUGACAUAGAUGAGGAGUUUGACUUUUAAAAUAUCAUAUUGAUUAUAUAAGUGCUUCUGUUUGAAAUGCAAUGAAACAACAUUAAAAAUAAAAUGAUGGUCAUUUAUUCUUUAUCUUCAAUACAUUGUAUUUCUUUAUGAAAAGUGACCAGUAUACCAUAAUAUAAUAAUUGAUGACCAAUAUUAAUUUUACAUCUAAUAAAAGAUCACUGUGCUCACUAUAUAUGUCAAUAUUAUGUAACAAAACUUUCAUUUACAUUUACAUGUAUAGUUGUAUUUUCUUUACAAAUAUCUUUUCAAACAUAGAAACAAGAAAACAUACUGAUAUGAAAUUUCAAAUUAUGUUAAAAGUAUACAAUAAAUUAUUUGUAUUAUGUAAUAUAUAUU